AAAAGUGAAUUGCAAGCCGGAGUUUGCGAGCGGUAAGACUACAGUGAUUGGCGCGUUGCCAUCAGCAGAUGCUCGGUCGAAUGUUGCAUCACCGUUAGCUACAGUGCCAGCACCUGCUGAUGUGGAUCAUAGCAUAAGUUACAACAAUGCAGCGUUUUUCGCAACAUCUGGAGCUACUGGUCUUGGUGGUCUGAAUAGCUCAAGAAGUAGCGAAAUUUCGAGGAGCGAAGCAAUUGACCUGUACAGGUUCGCAGUUUUUGUGCGUUUUUGUUGUGCAGUGAUACAGCGCUGCUACCGCGGGCAAAAACGCACAUUGUCGAGAGGUCGUCCGCGUGUGUGUUUUCAGAAGCGAGUGAACUUUGCCAACCGCUUUCAACUAGCGGUCAGGGAAGCUGGGAGCCUGUAA